AUGUCAGAAAAGACGAAAAAAUCUGAUUAUUUACAUUGGAAAGGUCUCGAUUUCAUUGUAUUUUAUCUUAUCGUUUACAAAGCAGUACACCAUAAUUUAGCACUCGUCACAUCUAAUGUACAAGACGACGAAAAAACAGCUGACGUCAUUAAUUAUUGGUUUGAUUUAACUAUUCAAGGUUUCAAAGCGGCUGAUUUUCAUCCGAAUCGAACAGUAUCAUGUUUGUCAUCAUCAGUUGAACUUGACGAUCGUUUCGCAUCAGUGAGAAAUUUUCGUAUCGAUGAUGUACUUAAAGGAACAAUAACAGAAUAUGAUAUUUUACGUACAUUACCCUAUCAAAAUCGUUUAUAUUCACUCGCUGUUCCUGAUAAAAUACUUGCUAGAGUACUCACUGAUAGCAUAUCAUUUAAAGGUAACGGUAUAUUUCUUUCUUAUACUAGAGUUGAAAUGAUAGAUCAAGAAAAAACAUGGCUAAUCAACGGUCAAGAUAUAUCAAAAACUGGUCUUGAUUAUACUGUCGUAACAAUGGAUUAUGCAAAAAAAAAAUGUAAAAGGAUUGGAUGA